GCACUUUUUCCGAAGUGGAAGUGGAAUUUUUGUUGCGUUUAUUUACGUUUAUAUUAACUAAAUGACGCAUAUUUCCCAAUCGUUCUUCUCCGUCCUCCUGAACCAAGAAACUUAAUUUCUUGUUACAUAACAAUGGCGAAACAUUCAGAUUAUUACAGAGCUGCUUGCACAUUUACGGCCGGUCUUUCUGGAAUGAUGUUUCCAGAUCCAUCACCUUACGCCAAAUCAGCUUGGCCAUCACAACAUAGCCCGCAAACUCAAGGUUUCCAUUUGAAAGCUGAUACGGUAAAACACCUUCCUUGGGCUGAACCUGCUCCGGUACCCCCUAGCUCGACGCCUAACGCUAGUAAUUCAGGCGGGGCCGUAAAAACUCCAAUGAGCCCUUCAAUAGCCGCAACUGCUUGGCAAAUUGCUAGACAACCAGAUUCUCGGAACGGAUUAUUACAGGCGGCGAGUUCUAGACCGGAAACAGCGGCAGGUUAUUCGCACACGUCCCUAUCUUGCAUACCGAAAACGGAAGGAGCACACAACCAAUGGAGACCUCAGGGUUCUGGUCAGAUUCAAUUGUGGCAAUUUCUACUCGAACUGCUGUCUGAUAGUACAAAUUCCAAUUGUAUACAAUGGGAAGGUACUAAUGGAGAAUUUAAAUUGGUUGACCCAGAUGAAGUUGCUAGGAGGUGGGGUGAGAGAAAAUCAAAACCAAAUAUGAAUUACGAUAAAUUAUCAAGAGCAUUACGCUAUUACUACGAUAAAAAUAUCAUGACGAAAGUUCAUGGAAAAAGGUACGCCUACAAAUUUGAUUUCGCCGGCCUUGCCCAGGCGAUGCAACCAUCUUCGACCGAUCCAACAUCAUAUAAGUAUCAACAAGAUCUUCUAAUGUCAACGUAUCACCACCAUACGUCAAAGUUUAAUUUCAUGAACGCUCCGAUUUCGUCCUCCAACGGUUUUUUUGCAUCUAGUCCGUCUUACUGGGGUUCUGGUGCUAAUCUCUAUUCGAAUCUACCUAAUGCCAUGCCUCAUCACGCUCCUCAUGUCACGUCUCAUCUUUCCUCUCCAUUUUAUUCCUAUGAACACGUACAUCAAUGAGGGUACAUAAUUGAAUAAUUAAUUAAUUAACAAGGCACACGUUUUUAUAGUAUAUUUACAUGUAUAUUAAUUCUCGUAUAGUUCAGAGAUAUUACAUGCCAAUUGUGCCAAGAAUUCUUGUAAAAAAUUUAUCUAGUCAUAUUUACAAGAGACACAUAAUUAACAAAUAUAUCCAGAAACAUGUAGAUAUAUAUGUACAGUUGCUUG